GGCACAAUUUUUUGUGAUUUGCAGCAGGACGAACGUGUUGUCUUUUUGUUUUUUUUUGCAAUUAAUCGCGAACUUUUUUUUUACAGUGUGUAGUGUUGUGUUUUACUCUUGUGUUCCAUAGCAGGUAAGGCGCACAAUGAGCUCGCCAGACAACGCCGUGGAAGAAAGUACGAUGAAGCAAGCAGGAGGGACAUCACCGACCGAUAACGACGAUAAGUCUAGCAUGGAGAAGCAUGCUGACAACAUCAACGGUCAUGGACCGCAGGAGGACCAAAUGAAAAAUCAGAACUUAUUGGACAUUGACUCGGACAACUCACAGCAAACGAUGCAGUUGGAUGCCGAGCAGAAUGAUGAGAACGCAGACUUGCGCAAGGCCACGAAGCGUAAGGCUAAGAGAAGCAGACAGCGAUGCGAUUCUAAGGAGGUGGCUUUGGUGGGUUGGAGCGGUGCUUUUCCCAAUCUCUCAUCCACCCACAGCUUGGAGAGCAAUUCGGAUGGAGACCAGCAGCAGCUGCCCACUGACCUAAAGGCUGUCUGUGCCACUGGGCUAAGCGUGUUUCCCAGAGAAGACAAGGAGCAGGGGCCGCCGCUGUCAUCAUCGUCGCCUUCUGAUUCCACUUCCCUUUCACCAGUUACCCAAGUGCCUGCAACCACGACAACGGCAGCUUUCACAAUCGGUACAAAUUUGACUACUACAAGUCCAAAGUCUACGCAGACAACCAACAGCAACAACAACAACGACAACAAAUCAGCGUCAAAUGCUGCAUUUCCUACAAGUGUCUUGUGUCCACGCUCAGAACCAUCAUCAGAGUCAGAAUCAGAAUCACAAGCUGAUACAGACAAUCAGGUGGCCAAGCGCUUAAAAAGGUCCUUCGGUGCCGCUGAGUUUGAACUCGUCCCAGAUUUGGUCGCUGGUGAGGAGUCAAAUGCCUCUUCCAGUUCUUUACCAAACAGAAGCGGUCGGAAACGCACCCUCUCCAAGAGAGGCACGCCUGACAAUAACAACGAAUGGAAGCGUUCGAAGCCGUCUGAUAAGGAUUGGAGCUUCAGCUUGCGGAGUCGCUCCAAGUCUUUUCACUUCCCGAAUCGGAAAGUGCCACUGCCACAACCACGCGCACGCAGUGUUUGUGCAGCCUACUUUUGCAAACAAACUGACAUGCCGGUCAUAUCGGUCACAGUCAGAAGCGAGUCGAAGCCUCCCGCUCGCUCGGGCGCUGCCCACAAGCUUCCGGCAACUGAUGAAUUCUUUUUCAUGCCCUUCAAGUAUGGAUGGAAACGUGAGUUGGUGCUGCGCAGUAACGCAUCCGUGUCGCGCCAGCGCGGCGACGUGAUCUUUGUAUCGCCGGAAGGGAAGAAGCUCCGCUCCCGAGAGGACAUCAUUCCUCUGCUGAAAGGCGAGUUGACCAUCGAUCAUUUCUGCUUUCAACGCCAGCUGCAGCAUGCCGGUGAGCAGUACGAGACAUUGCGUCAAGCACAGCCUGCCCCGACACGCACUAAAGCGGGAGCAGUCAAACAGGCGACAUGCAACAGCAUCAGCCAGCAACUGCAGUCAGGUGCUGCACCCGUGUCUGGCAAACGUGUGCCAAAGCCUAAGGUGCCAAAGGGCGCUAGCCCUCCGCCAGAGGGUUGGACCUCGACAAUGGCCGUCAAGGGCAACGCCCGCGUCUUAGCAGCCAGCAAUUUCAACAGCGCAGGCAGCGGCGCUGGCUCUGGCAACAGCGCACGCAAACGAAGACAACCCUAUGUUGGCAGCAAUCAUUCUAAGCAGCCAGCUAAGACAGCCACGGAUCAAGCAGCUACGCAGACAGCUCCCCAGCCAGCCACAGACAAGACGAUGAUCUGCGUGUAUUGCUUGAAGUCGAUCAAUGAUAAGCAACAGGCUUUUCCUGUGGGUACAGACCCUGCUAACAGCUACAUCUGUAUGAGCUGCAAUAAAUCUGGCACCAAUGCGGAUAAUUUGCAGCAGGAAGCCAAAGGAUCGGGACAGGCCAAUGGUACCAAGAAGCAAGAAAUGACUGAGGAGAUUGUAGCCGCAAAUACAAAAUCUGCCUCCGAAGCAGGCAAGACUUCGUCCUCAGAUGUAAAUGGAAAUUGUAAUAGCAAUGGCAAUGGAGCCUUGCUAGAGAUCGGUGGAGAGAUUGAGCUGCCGGGCGCACUGCCGCCCGACCAAUUGCUCAGCGAUGAGUCACCUGCAAGACGUGCUGGCAAGACUCCCAGUUCAAUGGAGGUUAUUGUAAUUAACGGCCGCAAAGCUCUGGCCAUUUCUGGCGAGCCGCCGCGCCCUCAGCUACAAGUCAUACCACAAGAACCGGAGUUGGAGGGCUACGAAAGACAAGUUCUUAAGCGCAACAUCAGGGCCAAAGAGAAGCGUCAGAGCUUUGUUGACUGCGUUUCAAUUGGCAACCUGAACUGCCAGGUGAUGUGUGCCGUUAUGAAGAUAAUGGAUAUGCCCGACCGUGUACGUAUGUCGCAGGUGUGCAAGACCUGGGCUAUGAUUGCCCGUGAUCGCAGCGUGUGGCGCACGGUAAGGCUUCGCGAUUCUCACAUUGCCAAAUGGCUGUUCCUCUUACGUGAUAUGGCGCGCUUUCGCACCUACGAAUUGGAUAUGAUGGGGGUUAAAAUGGACAGCCCCAAGGUGCGUUUGGAGGGAGACUUGCGCGUGCUAAAGUCACUGCGCGUACUCCGCACUGAUCCCAGUGAAGCAGAGUUUAUUCAGUCGGUCAUCAAGCGUAUACCACGUCUGCACGAGCUGCGUACCACGUGCACCAGUCGUGUACUCAAUUUGAUUAAUUUAGAGAAGAUGGUCGAACUGCGCGUGCUGCGUAUUCGCAUGUUGGAGCCAAAGGCUGGCAUUCUUUCGCUGCAGCCGCUGCAAGGUUUGGAGCAGUUGCAGGAGCUUAGUUUGCGCGGUAUUAACAAUAUGGCUCAGCUAGAAUUGUUACAACUUCAAGGAUUGAAAAAUCUCGAAACACUUGUGCUGGGCUCCUGUCGCGGCAUGAAAGUGUCAUUGUUCGGCCAGCAAGUGCUACCGAGUCUGACCCGUCUUCGUCAUCUACGCCUCGAGAAUCACCACAGCAACCGCUCGUUUAACAUUAAUGAGAUAAUGGAGGGCAUCGCCGCCGGCGGCAGUGUGAAGCGUGUGGAGCUCAUCAAUGUCAACGUGGAUGCUGAGCUCAGCCGUCAGUUGGCCGCUUGUAGCUCGGUGCAGGAGCUGCUGCUGAUGCCGAACUUUCACAAUAACACGGCUUACAUGAUGAAUUACAUUAUGCAGGCGAUCAACGAAAAUAGCGAACAACUUAAAGUGUUUCGCUUGGGUCUGACAUACGAACUAUUGAGCGUUACUCGCGCUCUGGCCAUGAAUCAAGAGAAGGAUUGCAUUCCGGUUGUACUGCCCAUACCUGGCGUGCCGGACAACGAUGUACUUAACGAGUCCGACGAGCCAAUAGCUUGCUUGCCGGUCGAUCGCCUGGAGUCCAUUUUACACCACAUGAUGCCGCAGGCCUGGCUGACAGUCGCCAAGGUCUCACAGAGCGAGACAACCAAUUUGAAAUUCCUUCCGGCUUUGCCGAGUGACGUCGGAAUAUCGCAUAACUAACCGUUUUUCCACAGCCUCCUUUUUAUACAAUUGCAUGCAUAUUGUAUAUAUGUAAUAUUUGGGAUCAUUAUA